AUGAGCAAGGAAUUACCCAAUCAACCUUACAAGCAAAUAAGCAGUGAUUAAUCUAGAGAGAUAGAACUUGCUGAAAUUUAAAAUUUCUAGGAGACUGAACAUGCUCCUAAAGAAAUGAAGGAGAGCCUAUAUACUGAGUAGAGCAAAAGCAGUAAUCAACUAAAUCAAAGUGAAAGCUAAUAGAAAUUUAAUCUGGCAAGAGCAAAGGGAUUUUUUUACAUGGUUAUCUCAGCCUUGAUGGUUACUUGCAUGAACUUGAUAAUCAAGUAUCAGGCUAAGCAUACUCAAAUUAAUCCAGUCCAGGCAGUUAUCAUGAGAAGCUUGUUUUUAGCUGCUGGUUCCUACCUCCAUGUUAAAAAAGAUAAGCUCAGUAUUAUAGAGAUUCCUCGAAAAUUUUGGGGGUUAAUCAUAGCGAGAGCAGUAUUUGGGUAUUUAUCUUCUAUAUGUUUAUAUGCUGCACUAGAUUUUAUGCCACUCUCUCAGUGUAUUACAGUUUACUAUACACAACCAAUUUUUGUGGCGAUUGCAUGCUACGUAAUCUUAGGUGAGAAAUUAGCUAAGCUUGAAAUGAUCAGUAUUUUCUCUGCCAUGUUUGGAGUUGUUUUGCUUAUCUAACCUUAAUUGAUAGUUCCCUCGCUUGUCUAAGAACGUCAAACUUUAGAAGAUUCUGGUCCAAAUAAUUUAAAUCAUUACUUCAUUGGAACAUUCCUCAGCUUAUCUGGUGCAUUAGCAGUGACAGUGGUUUUUAUUGUUUGCAGAAAAAUAGGCAAAGAUUUGCAUGUAUCAGUUCAUUCUUUUUAUUUUGCCAUGGCUCUCUAAAUUGAGAAAGGUGGAAGAAGUGCCUCAGUCAAUUAUUUAGUGGUAGUAAAUGCAUUUUUAGCUGAUGUUGCUAUUUUUGGAGAAUCGGUAGUUUUUACAGAUAUAUUGGGUGCUCUCUGUAUAGUAUUUUUUACAUUCUUUAAUGCAUUUUUGAAAUGCUUUGGACAAAGCAAGUGA